CUCUAAGUGCUCGGGGGGUUCCUGGACAUCGUCCCCAUGUCCCCUUCCGCUAAAGUUGCCCUGGAUUAACCUCAUUUUGGCCAGAAAAAACAGGAUUGAGUGUUGAGAUCAGCAUGGUGAAUAGUGGUUCGUUCGACUCGGCGGAUGGAAAUCGAAAUGGAAAGACCCGAUGUACGCAGGCUGGCGAAGCCGCUCUCGGUUCUCAAUCGUCAUCGGACGCCGAUGACGAAGCUUGUAAAAGCGGCGCCCUAAAAUCCGCUGAUGGCGAUCUCCCAUCUCAACAAUCCGCAAUUGAACCGACUCCAACUAAAACAACGGAAAUCAACGGUCCUCAACAGCAGCAAAGACUGUCAACGCAGGCCGGGUUUCCAGCAGUGGAUCUGGUUGAGGAUGGUGCGAAACAGACGCGAAAAUUGCUCUGCCUAUAUUGCGAGCGGUCCUUCGUUAGCGCCAAUCUGCUCCAGAAGCAUGUCGAACGUGUCCAUUUGGUUAAGUCAACUCGUAGAGUGAGUGCGCGAAGACAAAACACGUUGAGCACCACGCCGUGUUCGCAUUGUGAUAAAUUGAACGCGAAUGGGCACACUUUGAACGAUCUCUUUCAGCAUCUGGUGCGAGAACAUUCCGCCAAGUACUUCGGGUGCUUAUUUUGUAAGGAGCGGUUCAGGAGCUCGUCGAGUCUGAGCGAUCACAACAUCGCUCAACAUUUCACUGAAGCGCCCGGUUUGCUCAAGGAACCAGAACUAAUUCCGCGGGAGAAUGAAGUUUCCACCAAGCUAACACGUAGCAAAGUGAGAAACAAGCCGGAAGAGCCUCUAGAUGUGGAAGAGAAUUGCGGCGUCUCAAAGCGCAAGAAAGACACCAAGCUCAAAGAGCUGCGCACCAAGAAGAUCGCGGUCAAAACUUCGAAAAUCGCCCUGAAGCGCAGCAAGAGGCUGCAGCAGCAGGCAAGCGAACAUGAGGCGCAGAAAAAGCGCCGCGACCGAAAAAGCCACUACGAAACCAGUUCAAGCAACAAGUCGCUGGAGAAAUCCAAAGCGCUAUGCGUCAACCCCUAUCCAGAAUUCGACAGUUACUUCCGGGUGAAGAAGAUCACCGACCAUUCCAUCGACAACCUGAAGAUCAGCUCUUUGACCUUUGACGACGUGUUCGACAAGGCGUUCUUCAAUCGCAUCAAGUGCAAUAUCGAGGAAAACCUGCUGAACCACAUCGAUGGCAAGCUGUUCAAAAACGAAGAAUCUGAAAACAGAAUUUCGAAUUUCGAGAAAAUCUCGAGCAUUACUCAGGAGGUGCAGAGUUCAAGCGCCGAUAACUACGGCUGCGACAUUUCCCUCAAUGCCAUCACUCCCGCACCUUCUUUGUCGCUGAAUUCGCAAUUCGGCGAAGACUUUGAGUUGCAAAUCGAGUAUGGGUCGAAACCCUCAAAGAAGCGCCCGCAGGUGAAAAGUGACGAGGUUCACUACAAAUACUUCACCAGGAGGAAAUAUCAGGCCAGCAUUUUGCAGCAGAAGGAAAACCGGGAUCUCAGCAAGCUGGACAUGUGGACGCAGAUGGUGGUCAAGGACCGCCAGGAGAAGGUCAUCAACAAGCAGAAAAACGCCAAGCAGAUACAGGAGUAUGUGAGUUGCCAGGAGUAUAUCAGCAAAGCCAAGCGGGAGGAGCUGAACAAAAUCCUAGAUAGAAGGGGCCCGUUCGAGGAUCUCAAGGAGGAAGCCAGCAAAAAGGCUGCCUUUGACAAGCUAAACUCUUCAUCGGGCAGCGACGUCAGCCAGGAGGUAUUCACAGAUGUUCGCGAGGUGGUCAACGACCUCCUAAACCGAGUAUACGACGCUGUUAAAGAUGACAAAGACGCCUCCGAUUCCAGUUGCAUAGAGCUGGAUCAAAGGCCCAUUCCAGAGCAUUUGAACUUGCGUCGCCAGACCUCGUCGACCCAAGAGGAAAUCGACCAAUCGGACAAAAUCGCGCUGAUCUGCUCCUCGCAGGAAACCGAAAACUUCGAACUGCCCACCAACACUGUUCGCGCAAAAAACGAACUAGUAGAACUCACCGGCGAAUGGGCGAGAAGUCGUAUGUACAUCUGCGCGGCAUGUGGGGGCAAGUUCUCCAACAUGAAGUACAUGUUGGAGCACAAGAGCCUCUACCAUCCGAACGUGUGGGUACAGCAUUACGAGUUUGUGGGCAACCAAGGCGAGCUCUACAGGCAUCUGAGCAUUCCAGGACUGGGGUUGAUGGGAGUGGUGGAGGAGACGAUUCCCUGCAAGCAAUGGAAGAGGAGCGACGCCCGGGCGUGUACAAAGUGCGGGAAACGGUGCAAUAAUUUGGGGGAACUCCAUCGGCAUGUGUUGGAGUGCGGUGGCGACUGGACGUGGAUGUUGGCCAGGAAAAAGUGCAAAUAUCGACCGUUUGGCACAAAAUCUCGCAGAAAACGACGAGGCUUUGAACCAAAAAUGCAAAAUAAACGUAAGACUGAACCUUCAGAGAAGAAAACCUACAAGAAGCCCGUGGAGGGCCCUCGGCAAAGACCCAGUGAUGCUGAUACAAUUCAGCGAAUGUUGGCCAACCUACCCGCAAAACGCUCCAGGCGAUGCAUCAUGUCCCUUUCUGAUGUGGUGUUCAAGUCCCGCAAGGCGGAAAAGCGAUCAGCCAACCAACCAGCUGCCAAAAGCUCCAAAACUAUUCACAAUAAACAACAGGCAGAUUCGGGGAAAACCAAGGGGAACCAACAGCGCACCAACAGAGCGCUAAGGAGCUUCAACAAAGUCCUGUCCAGUCGAAUCCUCGAUCUAAGUUCGUCGUUGAUGGUCAAGAGGAAGCUGAAGGUGCUUCGCAAUCAGCGAUUAUCGCGAAACCUCGCGCAGUCAAACGAGGAGGUUUCAGAAGAUGGACCUCCUAUGGACAAUGAAGGUGAAGAGAGUUCAAAGAAACGCAAACCUGCUAAAAAAUCCCUAGAAGGUUUUAAAUCUCCACCUGAUGUUAAGAGGACGAAGUCCACCAAGCAGCUGCUGGCUGGUCGUUUGAACCUGAAGAAUUUCUUCCCAGUCAAAAAGAAGCUGGUCAAUGCAGGGAAGAAAACACCCCAACUGGACGAGGAUGUUUCAAGCGAUAAACCUUUGGAUAGUUUCGAGCAGUUGAAGAAGAACAAAAAGGGCGGUCUGAAGGGAUUUGUGCGCGCCCUGAGUCUCCGAAAGCGAAACACUAAAGAUCAAGAGGAAAGUGAACCGACCAAGAAAACUUGGCGGCUUCAACCCAAUGAAACCCCCUCGGAAUCAAAAGAAGAGACCAGUAAAGAACCAUCGCCAAGCCGCGAGGUGAACUCCAAGAAGCGAAAGCUUCAGCGCAGCUUCCGCAAUGUUCUGAAUAAAGUGAAGAAACUGAAAACUGAAAAACCCAAACCGGAAAAUCAGCCUUUUUUAGAAGAAGCGCCCCUGCAGGAGGAUGUCGAGCAGGUCAAGGUGGUCACUCCCGCCAAACUCAAAGACGACAGUCAAGACCAGGAAGAUUUUGCCCCUACUGCUGCUAAAGAGAACCCGGCCAUUCCUGAAACGUUCUUCAAAUUGGAGAACCAGGAGGAAAAGAGCAUGCAGGCUAAAGGGAAUGAGAGCUUUGAAGGAAAGCUGGAACAGUCAGAUUUGAAGCCUGAAUCCACUGCCUUGAAGAUCGAUACCACUGUAACACCCAAAUGUGAUCCCAUGAUAUCGCCCAGCCCGAAAUGCAAAAUCCGGAAGCCUAGUCGGGGCUUGAACGACUGUAUUGCUAUGCUCACCAGCAAGUUGCAUCAGAAGGAGGACAAAAUGUCCUCGUCUUUGGAAAGUCUCUUCAGCACUUCGUCUGUGACUAGCACCGAACCGCGACCAGAAAGCCGAUUCAUGCUGGACAGUUUUCCAGUUCCAGCCACGGUUUCCAGACCAAAAACCCUUUCUCCUACCGUAGAAGAAACUGCUCUGGAUCUCAGCAAGAAAUGUUGCAGCACUCCUAAUUUAACUCGCAUUGGUGAGCCCUCAAUCGAAUACUUCCAGCCGAAUUUGUAUGGUCCUUCAAGGACUUCAGUGGAUGAUAUUAUUCAACAAGUGGUGCUCAACAAGUUGGCGGCACCGGCCAGCAGAAGCCAGCUAGAUGAUACAAUAGACUCGGUGGUACACAGCAGUUUGGACUGGUUCGAAGACAAGCAACAGAGGCGGCCGAAGAAGCCGCGCAGAAAAAAGCACGACGAUUCAUUGAUCACCAACAUCAUCUUUGGCAAGGAUAAGUUGAUAAUUGCCCCAUUCAGCGAUAUGGAGAACCCGUUGAUUGCCAAGAUUAAGCAAAAUGAGUACUUGCUUGCUAGAAUGAACGCCGAAUCUAAAGCCGACAGAACUAUUGAAGAUUCGGAAAAGACUGAAGCGUUGCAGCAUCUGGACGAAGUGAUUCAACACGUAUCAACGGCUUCUUAUGAAGAAACCGCAACAGUCUCUUUGCCUGUAGAAUCUCAACCUUUGGAAAAAUUCCAUCUAGCCCCUGCGGUCCUGGAAACCAACCUGGACCAUCAGCUGGCUAUCCAGGAAAUAUCCGAAGAACACAUUGCAAGCGUUGCCAACGCAUCUUCCAAAGAACAGCCGGAAAUGUGCUCUGCCAAUGAGCCGACCAUUUUAGAGAACAAAGCCAUUGUCCAAAGCAGCGAUUCUGAAGACGAGAUUCCUUUGGCAGUUAUCGCUAAACUGGACGAAAGUCAACCAGUCGUUGAUCAGGAAGUGAGCGAUCCAAAUGAAUCCAGCUGCCUGUUAAGUUCGCCAGAUUUCCUGAGCGAAGCCAAGGACGUGGAUGCCCUGACUACGGAUAGUCUGAAGGAGAACAUCGAGGAAGCGGAAAACAACGCCAGCAAUGAAAAGGUGGCAAACGAAAACCUUAAGAGAAAAAGACGCAAAAAGGUGCUCAACAACAAGAAACGCUCCAGCAGAAAAUCAUCCUUGAGCAAACCGACAGCGUUUACAUCUCUCGCCGUUGAGCCAGCAGCAACCGACGAAAUUCAGUUCAGCGAGACAGUGAAAGAGUUUCCAGUAAAAUCUCCACAUGCCGAAGACGCACUGAAACUCUCCCAAAGAACCAGACGAAAAUCGAAAAGCUCCAGGAAGAUCGAACCCAUGGAAAACGAUCUGUUUAAGAAUUUCUCUUUGGUUAUCAACAAGAAAACCAAGCGAAUUCCUCCAACAUCCAUAGUAGACGAUUCGGUAUGCGACGAUCUUUCAGACUCGGACUUUUUCUCGAAACCCAAUAACUCCAAAGGGGAGGAUUCGAGCAGCGAAGCUCCACUGAACGAUUCAGUGGAGGAAAUGGACAUGGAGAUCGAAGACAUUCCGAUAAGCAGCAACAUCAUCGAGCGGAACAAGGACAUUGCUGAUGGGGUCACUUUUGAACCCCCUCUCGGUCUUGUAGCUGCAGGAACGAAAAUCCCCUGCUCAGUUUCUACAGAAGAGUUUCUACAGAAGGAAAUGUUUGCUAUUGCUUCCGAAGAACCAAAGGAUGUAACAAGCAAAGCUGAAGAAACGCAAUCCAACCAGGAAGCUAAUGUUCCUGUGCGCAAUGAACUGGCCCAGUUCAACCACGGCAAGAAAUCCCGAAGAUCUAAAGCAAGGAAAGUUGCUGCUCGUGCUAGGACCGAAUCGAGACAGUCUAACAAGUUCAACUGCCUCAAACUGAUCAGUUCCAAUGAAGAGCCACUUGCUGGUUUAAUAUUGGACGAAACCAAGCCCGAUCCUCCUGAUAACGCGCUUCAGCCAAUCAUAUCGACUAUCAACCUUCAACCAGUCGAAAACAAUGGGAGCAUUUCCCAGUUGAAGGAGACUUUGUCAGACUUGGCUCUACUUACAUCCAGAGCCGAUGUUUCUUUAUGUGAAACGCUCAAAGAACAUGAAGAAAUUACUUUGGCUGAACCCAAAGAGCCGGUUCUUGCCAACACUCAACCCGCCAAAAACCUGGAAGAAAAGCCUGGUACCAAUGGAACCGCCUUUGAAAUGGCGAAAAUCGCCGAUUUGAACAGAAUAGAAAAACUGAUGGAAGACUCAGAUUUCGUGGACAGAUUGAUCGAAUCGAAGAAAGCCCUCAUUUCAGAGGACGCUGAUCUCUGGUCAAACAUUCAGGCCUUCCAGCAGCAAGCAGCCUCUGAAAAGUUUGCCGAGCUUGCAGACAAUGAACAAACCAAAUUCCAGCCCCUGACUGAAUCGAAUGUAUUGACCGAAAUCAUCAACACCAAAGACAAGUCUGGACGUCGAAGUAAACCACUGGAAAAGCCCACGCUGGUUGUUGUAAGCGAGAAAUCUAUUGAAGGUGAAAAAUGGGAUGAUGCAGAGUUUUCCGGGGCUUCUGAAGCCAAUUUGGACGAGAUUAAUAUGAAAUUCGCGGUGGACAAGCCGAAGGAAAACCUGCAGGAGCCUGAAAAGGGCCAGGUUUUGCCGGUGGAACUGCCAGAAGUGCCUUUCUGCGAUGAAGCUUCCACCAAAAGCCGCCGACCUCGUAAAGUGAUCAACUACAACGAGGACAGUUUGGAAAAGCGGGCGAUGGAAACAUUGCAAUUGGCGGAUCUCAAAAAGUCGCCGACGAAGAAGAGCAGGAAAUGUAGAAAAAGCGCUGAAAGUUUGGAGGUUGAUUUGCCAGACUCUGUGAUAACUGACAGUGUUAAGAAGAGCCAAGCGCCUCUGUUAGAGCCAGCUUGUAAAGCCGGUGAUCCUGGCUGGAAGAACCAUGAAGAAACUGAAGCAGCGAGUGAGAUUAACUCAGAAACCGCUCCAAUCACGUUUAAAGCUGUUGAUUUCCUGGAGAUUCCAAAAUUAGUUGUCGAUAUUCAUCAUUUUGACCAGAUUGAUCACAACCUCGCCUUCCCGUCUAGUGGAUUUGAGAAUGACAACAUCCAGGACCCAAAUCUAAUCAUCACAGGCUCCGAAUUAUCCUCUUCUAAUAAACCGGAAAUUAACGACGCGCUGCUCAAUGUAACUGAAAGCUCAGACGCUCUAUCUUCAGAAGCACCAGUCUCUAAUCUUGACACUCCUUUGGCAAAAGUCCUUAUUUCAGUCGACGAAUUUGGUAGUCAAAGCACCGACGCAAAAUCGUUUGAAAAAAGUGAUUUUGGCUCAAAAACAACCAUCGACGAGCCUUGCGAUUCUUCUUCGGUGGAAUAUGAAAUAAACUCCGCACCUUCAGAUAGAGUGGAGAACAGCCCACUUUUAAUCAAAUUCAAUAGAAGAUGCAGGAAAAACGUCAACUAUAACGAAGAAGCCUUGUUGAAUCAUGUGGAAUACCCGGUGAAACCAGCAAAGCGAAAGUGUCGCAGCAAAUCAGCCACUGUAAGUGGUGGUUUGUCGUUGCUGCCCGUCGCUAAAAAUGCGGAAGAUUCUGCUGUUACAUCUGAAGGAGUCGCAGCGCAAGAACAACCGCUUCAGACAAUCGACGAUUAUACUGGAGCAACUGCAGCUGCUGAAGCUUUGCACAGCUGCUCCCCUAAAGUAAAUGAAGCCGUUAGCUUGCAAGAAGACCCUAAUGAAUUGCAAGGUUGCGCGGUUGUAACUGAAAAUCCACCCUUGCUGGAAAACUCCCAGAACGUUGAGGACCACAUGGAACUGGAGGCUGCUCUGGUAGCAAAAGACGUGUUUGAGUUUGAAGACAGUGGCGAUGAGGCCGAUGGUUUCGAAAUAAACCAAAAUCACCUCAUUAAGAGAAGCGCAGGAAAGGAUGUUGAGGAAGCUUUGACGGUGCUUGAGAAAAGUCCCCGAGAGAAAUACCCGAAGGUGAAAAGAGGCGAAAGGCAGUUGAAGAAAGUCAAGAAGAACAACAUGGACAUUGACGUGGCUAACAUUCUGGCCUCAGAUAGGCGACCGCCCAGGAAAAGCAAAGCGAUCUCAAAAAUAGCUGAAGAUUCUGAGCUGGGCAUUGAAGCUGCUUCUUGCGACCAGGAUAAAUCGCUUCCAGUUUUACAGCGAGUUGAAGAUUUUCCGAGCCUCCGAACCUUGAAUGAAGACACUGCAGACAAAUCUUCAGAUAUAAAUGAAGAGCCCGACUACAACCUCCCGAGGGGAGUAGAAGAGCCAAUGGAGGAUGUGGUUCUGGAACAAAAAUCUUUGCCUCCAACUGAGCAGCAGCUAGACGCGCAGCGUCCAGAUGUUCCAGAAAGCGAGCGUCAAAUCCAGCUGGCUCAGCUUAACAUCAAAGACCUGUUAUUCAGUAGCCACGCAGUGCCGGAUUCGGCUUAUGAGCCCGAGUCAGGUUCUUCUGAUCAAGCCGGUAGAACCGACAAAGCCAAAUCGAAGAAAAAGAGCAAAAAAUCAAAACAUUCCAAGUUGCAGUUGUUCAACAGCAACAACAAGCCAAAAAAGAAGUCGUUGCUUGGGAAGAGUCUCAGCAUCACGGCGUUGAAAAACGUGCUGAACACAUUCACAAAAUCUAGUCACAGCACCAACGAUAUUUUGCCGUUGUCGGAAAUGAUCAGCAGCUCCGAAAUGGACAUUGCCCCGGUCCUGGACGAAAUCGAUAAAUCGCUGGAAUGCGACGAUGUUUACGACUUUAUCGAAGAAGACCUGAAGAAUCGCAAAUCCUCGAAGUCUCGCCCUCGAAGAGCUGAACCCGAAGGCGCCCGACCUGGCAAGACCAAAGCGAAACCCACCAAAUCCCGAGAAUGUGAAGAACAGAAUUCCACUAAAGACCAAAAAACCAACAUGUUGCUGUUGGAUGAGCAGGUUAACGACAUCCUGAACACGCCCAUGGGGCAAUACGAGUCAAAUCUACUCAACGAGCUGGAAGUUAUCAACAAUUCCCUAACCAGCAUGUCCAAGGAGCGUCCCAGUGCAAAUGGCGCUGUCGAAGCCGAUCAAGCACCAGAACUGAAAGAACCCACAGAACAGCCGGAAGACCAGGCGAACGAAGGGCUGGAGUUGCGAAGAAGCCGAAGAGAGAGUCGCAAGGUGGCGUCUUACAACGAAAACGACUUGAUCGAUCCGAUUAUCGAUGCUCUGGAGAGUCGAAGGAACCGAUCGGCUCGAAGGGAGAAAAAUCCAGUGAAAAAUGAUACAGCCCCCCAGGACAAACCCAAGCUGAGCAGCGAAGAACUGUUCGAUCUGCUGAAGAAGUCGGCGGUUGAGAAUGAAUCUGCCAUCGCACCAAAACCAAUCAACUCUUUCCUAGAGGACGUGAACGAGAACAGUUCAAAUGGCGCCUUUCAAGGAAUCAGCGAUGAAGACGAUGAGGAUGACUAUUCAGUGCACACCGCCGCUACGGCAAGCAGCCAAAAUGCUGAUAAAAUAUACGAAUUUACUGAAGAUACUCCCGAGAACAUCAAGGAUCUGCUAGGCAAAAGUAAGAAGAAGGUCAAUUUAACGCCGGAAGCUGCCCAAGUGGACAACGGCCCCUGCCAAACCGUGCUGGAGAAGCCCAACUAUUGCGACAUAUGCAAAAAGUCGUUUAUCAGAGUGGAGAAUCUGAUCAAGCACAAGACCACGUUGACGCACAUAUCGAAGCUAUCGGAAAUUGAAGCGAAGGAAGCUGAAGAAAAGGCCAAGAGUGUUAAGCAAGCAGAACCAAGAGAGGAAAUUAAUAUCUCCGAUAUCCUCCAACCUUCGGAACGGACUCAGAUCGGCUUUCAGGGCGAAUCGCCCUCUUUGCACAACUCCCAUUCGCUGAAACUAGUGGAUAUCAUCAGUGAUGUGCUGAAUAAACCCGCCAUGGAGACUUACAGCGCGGACAAGCAGUUCAAUAAGGAGUCCAUGGACAUUCGAAAAUACAAAAGUGUGGGGGAAAGGAAGAGCUUCGAGUCGGACACUCUCUUCUCGCCCAGUCAAUAUGUGCCGCCCACAUUGUCUCAGACGAUUAUUUUGGAAAACCAAAUAAACCUCCUGGAGAACAUUAUCGGGAACAACUUGGAGCACAUCUCCACCAACAAAACCAGCAACUUUGUCGAAGACCUCUCCUCCUGUUCCAACGGCUCUCAUCUGGAGCAAGCGCACCAGCAAAACGCGCCUAUUAACUCCGACUCCACCGACUUCGUGAAACCCACCCAAUACGAGGAAAUAUCUGAAGACUCAACCAAUGGCAAGGUGUUCGAGCAACGCAAAACCCUCAACCGGGACGAAGAACUUUUCCUGGAAUGCUGCAGCCUGCUGAAAAGUGGCUCGGAAGUAUCCAACUCCAACUUCGCCAAACGGAUGGAGAAGCCGAUUGAUGAACCGGUGAUUUUGGAGGAGAAGAAGCUGCUUCAACCGGCCGAAGAAGCACAUGAAUACUCGGCUAAUUCGAGGACGCCGACCCCUUUAGGAGACACUUACGAUGACGAGGCGUCCAACUCGAACACAAUCUCCUCCAACUGGCAUCUGAAGUCGGAGAAGCCUCUGGACAAGAAUAGGAGCUUCUCGUUUGGUGAGGUGAAGAGUAAGGAGGCGUCGGGGAUGUCGUUUGGGGAGAUGCUGACCAAAGGGCUGAGGAAUCAGUUUGAGGGCUUCACCAAGGAAUUUGAUAGAAGCAAUGACAGUUUUGCCGAAACAUUCGCUCAAAAUCAGCUCUCAAUGGAAGAAAGACGCGAGGACAGCGACAGUUCGUCCACCAGUCGAAAGAUCGCAACAAAAGGCGCUCGAAAAGUGUACGAAGGGUUGAAAGUUUCGAUCCCCACAGAUGACCUAAAUUUGGACCUUUUAAAUACCAGCAAAAGAAGCGAAUUUAAUUCAGUCGCCCCAGCUGAAGACAAAGUGGAACAACAGUCACCCUCCAAGCCCAGAUCGACCAGAAAGUCGAAACCCGUGAAAAAGUCUCAAGUUGGCAGCAAGUUGCUGUUCAAAGUGAAUAAAGCCUUGUGUUCAAGCGUGCCAAAGGAGCAGGAGAAGUUGCGCCUCAUUGAUGAAACUCUCGAUAGUGCAAAUGUGUCGGAAAGUGCGUAUGACUUUCCCAAAACGCCUUCCGAACGGAACACCAAUGAAGAGUCGCACUUGGGCAGCGAUAACGACAGCUCGGGGUAUCCAGACUUCAUACAGGAGGAUGUCAAGUCCAUCUCCAGCAGCUCAUCGGUGUCGACCAAACAGCCAGAAGUCGCCCCGGAGAAUAUCACCAAGAAAAAGUACCAAAUAAUGGGGAAGAUCUUCAAAAAUGCCGCCAAAUCCAAAAUGGAGGAUAUCGACGAGGAUCUGCGAAACAUACCUGAAAUUCCCGAGAUGGACAACCUGGAACUGGUGGAGAACUACGUUCGCAGUUGCCAGCGGGUUCAAAGCCCCUACUUGCCACUCCCGCCUCCUCCCCCCUUGGAGGAACUUCCGAAAAAGCCAAAAAUGUCCGAAGAGGAAAUGAACAUCCUCUUCGACCGACUGGUGGGCAAGGAAACCAACGAAACCAAACCGGAAAAGACCCCGAAAUCGCAAAAACCCAAACCAAGCGAACCUAAGAAGAGAAACGGCAAGGUGAAGAGUCGCAAACGGGGCCGCUGCAAUUCCGGCUCAUCGGACGACGAGUUCAACAUCAGCCGAACCACUAAGAAGCGCUCGAACCGAAAGAACAACCAGGAGGACUCGGGGAUCAACCUGGAGUUGGAGCUGAAAGAGUGUAUAGGAGUGGCGAGCCGCAAAAGCCAGCGAACCUGCACCAGCGGCAAACAGAACAUUCUAUUGGAGUACUGGAGCUCGGAUGAGGAGGCCUUUGAAGCCAUGCUGGAAAGUCACAAAAUCCCCGUUCACAACCAGGAGGAAAAGCGCAAAGCGUCGGAAGCUGCCAAGUUAUCCAGGAAAGUGCCCGUGAAAAAGAAACCCGUCCCAGUGAGAAAACCCAAACCGCCUUCUAGCACUGACUCCACAGGUACCACAACCGCCUCCAAUAGGCGAAAGAGGGCGGCAGCUAACCCGCUUUAUCAUUGGUCGAGCUCCAGUGAGGACGAAUCGCAGAGCCUGAUCGAAAUCAAGCCAAUCAGAGAGGAGUAUGACGAGGAUGAUAGGCCGGUGCAGCAUGGCUGGAUAGUGGGGGAUUCGCCCAAGAAGCUCGUCACUAUGCUGGCGCUGACUAAGGGCAAGAAAACGGACUUUGAUAGCGUAAAAGAACAGGGCAGAAAACGGACCUCCAACAGCAACAGCUGACGGUAAUUCAUUCUUUAGUGAAUGCAGAACUGAUUUUAGUGUAGGCUUUUGGGUUGUAUUUUGACUGGUUUUUUUGGAGAGUUGCAAAGGGCAUUUUUCUGCUUGGGGAAUAUACAAAGUGUGCCAAUGGCGAGUGUUUUGGGCCAAAAUCAAACCAGUAGGAAACUUCAUCAUCAGGAGAGGACUUACUAUGUCAUCAGGUUGAUGACAUAGUAAAUCAUAAGAUUCUGACAAACGACUGUAGUGGUAGAUAUAGGCUAUGGUAAAUUUCCAUUUUUUUGGUUAAGUCAAUUAAGGAUGGUUUUUUAUUUUGAAUCAUAUCAUCGUUUAGGAGUCUGAAAAAAAAUCUUUUAGUUCUGAAGGUCUGUGAGCUUGGUCCAAACAUUAGAGAAAGCCACUGAGCACAUUUGCGUGUUACUAAAGUACAAUUAAUUGUAUAUUUGUCUAUAGUAGUGGCAUUUAUUUGAUUUAUAUUGUAAACACGUAAAGGGCACAUGGAUAUUCACCUCGUAUAACUAUAUUAGUUCAACGAAUGUUUAUCAAUAAGGUAUUCCGUUUAUUUUGCCCGUCUACAGGCAGAAUUAAUGCCAUAUUUAACACUUGAAAGUGAAUUUGAAAAUUAUAUUAGAAAAUGUCCAUUAUUGUAAAUGAUACUAAAUAUCUUGUAAUCUUUUAUAGCUCACUAGGCAAGAUGUUAAUAGCAUAUUUUCUAGGUGUUCCUUUUGAUAAUCUUACAGGAAUCUUGCCGUUUUUAGGCAGUUUUUCUGGAAAGCUGCUUUUCUAACGUGAAUUGUAUCAAUUCAUUAGUUUUAAGUCAUCAAAAUAUUUCUAAGUAAUAUUUUCAACUUUAAUUAUUUGGAAUUAUCGAUUUUAUUUGCUUUCCUUAAUUUUGCUGUAUUUUUAUAAAUAUCUGUAUAUUUAUUAUAUUUUAUAUUAAUGUGUUCGUUCGUUAAGUUAUUCGCGAUUUAUCAAUUUUAUCGCAUGGGUCAUACACAUAUUAUGUAAAUGGGGAAAAAUGUGAUAAAAUGAGAAAAAACAUAUGGGUCUGGCCCAAGAUGUCGUCGGUUUUUAGUCGAUACAACUUUUGGUGCUUUUGUAUAAAUUUUAGAACUAAAUUUAUUAUUUUAGUGAAUUUGUUUAAUUUUGCCAUUUUGUACAAAACUUUCGUUAUUAGCCGAACUGGGAAUAUGCACCUUAAUGAACUAGAUCGAUUUAUUGAAUUUAGGCAUUCACGUUCUGUUUUUUAAGGUGCAUUCAAUUUGCAAGAACAUCGUUUUUAUAAUUUCGUAUAGUUAAUUGUACAAUAAAACUUAAUGAUUAA